ACGACUCCUUCCCCUUCCUCAUCAUAUUUUCCCACAGUUUCCUCCAUGGUCCUUGGGACAAUAAAGAGAGGCGUGGAUUCGCGGUACGCGUAAGUAACGAAAUUUUAACGAGUGUUAAUCCGUGAAUGGCAAUUAUUAUUUAUACUUGUGCUGCGUGCAUUUUCAUCAUUAAUGUUUGUGAAACUUAAUGGAUCCAAAAAUCGGUUGGCUUCAACCUGAGCAGGAAGGACCAGCUAAAUUAUUUUGGACCAGGAUUUGGGACGCCCACUCGACCGAUAACCCGAAAGUUGUUCCGGAAAAUGGACUGCACAAAUCUCAGGAGUUGAACUCAUUAGACAGUGGUGAUAACAAUCUUAAACGGACCCCUGACAACAAUAAAAAUAAUUCUCUCUACUGUAACCGUGCCAGCACUUACGCAAUGAACAACCAUCACGCUUCGUACAUUGGCAAAUAUGGGGGUUGUCCUUGGCGGUCUUAUCAUCGGAAAUAUGAUCCGAGGGGUAUCAUCGGGUUACACCAUGAAGUAGAAGACUUCUACAAUUACAUGUCGCCCACUGAGGAGGAACACAAAAUUCGUUUUCGAACUGUGAAAAAAGUAGAAAAAAUUAUCAAAGAUCUAUGGCCCAAAGCCAAAGUUGAAGUCUUUGGAAGCUUUCGAACUGGCCUUUAUCUUCCUACUAGUGAUAUUGACCUGGUAGUCAUCGGAGAUUGGAAAGCUCUACCUUUGCACACACUCGAAGAUGCUCUACUAGAAAAUCGUAUCUGUGAUCCGGACUGUGUCAAAGUUCUUGACAAAGCAUCAGUCCCCAUAGUCAAAUUUACCGAUAGAAUUUCUGAUGUAAAAGUAGACAUCAGUUUUAAUAUGAGUAACGGUGUCCGAUCGGCGGAAUUGAUAAAGGAAUUCUGCCUUCAGUUCCCUGUUCUACCUAAACUUGUUCUGGUUCUCAAGCAAUUUCUCCUUCAGCGUGAUCUUAAUGAAGUCUUCUAUGGAGGCAUCUCAUCAUAUUCUCUUAUCUUAAUGUGCAUUAGUUUUCUACAGUUACAUCAAAGACAGCAUGCCUACAGUCCGAAUGUCAACCUUGGAGUGCUCCUUAUCGAAUUUUUUGAGCUGUACGGCAUGAAAUUCAACUACAUGCGAACUGCAAUUAGAGUGAAAGAUGGUGGAAGUUAUGUCUCUAAAGAAGAAAUUCAGCCGGACAUGAUAGAUGGGCACAGACCUUCAAUGCUGUGCAUUGAGGAUCCUCUUACGCCAGGUAAUGAUAUCGGAAGAGGUUCCUAUGGUGUCAUGCACGUUAAGCAGGCUUUCUCAUACGCAUACAUUACUCUUGUCCAGGCAGUCAACCCUUUCAAUGGUUUCAUCUGCAAUGCCAAUAAAAAUAGUAUUUUAGGACGUAUCAUCCGAGUCACGGACAAAGUAAUUGAUUACCGUGCAUGGAUCAGUCGAACAUUUCCUUUGUCAAGUUACUCUAAUUCGGUAAGCUCAGAUGAUAGUGAUAGUUCAGUCUCGACGCUUUCCAGUGAUUCCGACUAUGAAUUAAGUAAUGAUCACCACCCCAACGACAGGAGUUCAAAAUACAACAAUCACCAUCAUAAUUUACCGGACCGCAACGCUUCUAAUUCUGUGAAUUGGAAGAACUCUCCGCAGAAAUUUUCAAAUCAUCUUCAAGACAAAAUGGUGUUCCAUAAUCAAUUUCAUGUUGGCAAUAAUUUUAAGCAUCAUAAUGAUUGUAAUGUUAGCAAUAACAAUAAUAGUAAACAUUUUACAAAUCUUCAAAAUAAUACUUUCCGAAAUGGUCUCUCUUCUAGUAAGAAACGCUUCUCAUUGAGUGGGAUGCCCAAUCGACCGAAACAAAGGUAUCAAAAUGGAAUUUUAAGUUUUGAAAAUAUCCGGUAAUGAUGCUGAACUGAAGGCUUCCAAGGAUGUCCUUUCAAAUUGUUGGCCUCUUAUUAGUCCUUUUUGCAUUGUGAUAUAAUUUAAAAUGAAUAUACAUCAACUCCUCUCGGGGUUAAUUUAAGGUUUGUUUUUUUUAUUAUUGUAAUUAUUAGUUUAUUUUCAUUUUAAUUGUUGUGUAAAUAGGUGUACAAAGUUUUGAUUGAAGAACCGAUUUUGACUCGACCUCGUUUUAAUACCCAUUUUUUUCAUCUUUUCUGUUUUUCGAAGGCCUUUAUCUUUUGGGUUUUUCUUUCCUCUCCCUGUAGGUAUAACGCUGUAUUCGGUUUUUUUGUUUUAUAUCCCCAAUAUUUUUAUAUCAAAUGUGCCCGCUAAGUCCCAUACGGUGGCAGUUAGGUAAAUGGGCACAAACAGAGAUCAAGGUGCACUUUGAAAUGUUUGCAACCUUAAUGCUUCAAACUUUUACCAUCAUUUCAGGAAAUCGAUGUCAGGAAUUUAACUUUUUCUCUGUGAAAGCUGAACCCUUGUUUAUUAGAGGUCCUUUAUUAAAUCCGACAAUCAAUCCAACUUACAGUCUAUCCAAGAAGUCUAAUCCAUUCUUCCUUACAUUAUAUUCUUGCCUUCAGUUACAAUAUCUUGGGUUUUCUUCUCUUAAAAAUGGAUUUUUCAUCCAAUAGCUUUACCUAGGGUGUGAGUGUCCACUGCCACUAAAGGCUUAAGAAGUCAUCGACUAUUCCAAAGUUCUGACUUUGUCAAUGGUAGCUUAAAAUUGCUUAGCAGGUUUGGUCGAUUUUGAAAAUAUGCAUUUUCUUGCUUGUUACACCUUUUAUUUUUAGUUAAAGGCCUCAUCCUUUGAUCGUAUUGUAUCAGGAGAACGGUUGCCCUCAGCUUCUGGACGGCUGAUCCAGUUUGUACCCGUUCUUACAUUUAGAGGGCAAUUUUUUUAAUCCCCACCAAAAAAGUAUUGAAAUUUGAAAAAAUAAUUCACAAUAAAUCAAAGUUUCGAGAUUGGAAGAAAGCAGUUUUGAAGAAACGCAAAUCCAAGCAAUGCAACAUGUGUUCAUCCAUGUGUCCAAAAGUGGAGAAAAAUAAUCGUUCCAAUCAUGGCGGGGAUAAUUAUGACAAACUAGGUAUCCUUCUGUCUGCCUGUUUGAAGCCCAUCAAAUUAAAGAACAUGGUAUGGAAUCAAAAACUGAAUGGUGAUUAUUUUGUUUGAAUCCAUACUUCCCUUCCCCCCUUCCUUAUAUCAUUAUAAUUAGUGAAGAAACAGUCCAUGUUUUGUGUCUUGAGCAUUCUUCCAAGACCUUACUUCCACACUGCCAGUACUCUUUAUUUAUGUAUCCUUUAUUUAUUUAUUUAUUUACUUUUUGUUUCAUCUUUCCUUUCUUCCGAAACUUUUUUCCUCUUUAUACUUCCAGAAUGUGCCAGUGAUCCUGCCAAAAUUGACAGUGUGUGUAUCGGUUAUCUUGCUAUGUCAUAGAGGUAGCAUUCUGGGCAGUUCCAGGCCCUUCCCAUGUGUUUAAUUCUAUGUUGCAUAUCAUGUGACGUAAGACUGUUGGGAAAGUUGCUAAGAUUUAAUUGAUCGGUACUUUUUUAAUCAGCAGCAGUCCUCUAAAUUUUCAAGCUCAGCAUUCAUUCUUGUUCAAUUAUGUGAAGGAAGAGUUAAAGCUUGAUCAAAUUUGCAUCUUGUAGGUACUUCUUGUAUUCAUCGGAUUGUCGGUGAUACUACCAUUUUUAUGAAUUUUGAAAGGAGGGGAUGUUGUUAGGGACACCUGGCUCCCUUUUAACGUUUCCUUCUAAUUGUUGGUUUUUAUGUUUCCUUUGUAAUGCACAUACCAGGCUGUCAAUGUUUAUAGAACAAAUUUAAUUUGUCAUCUAGGUGAAACUUCUGAAUUUUGUGAAGUAACGUCACAGAAAGAAAGGCAUUUCAGUGGUGUGACCAUGAAAUCAUGUAUCUUCAUCUCGGUGUUUCAAAAUUUCUUUGUUCAAAAUUUCAGUCCUAGUUUUUCUUCGAGAGAAUUAAUGGAUCCUUUGUUCUGAAAUCUUCAUAAAAUAAUCUCAAAUUUACCCAAAAAUUUGCACUAAAACAUUUAGCAGUCAUCCUCCGAAGAAAUAGGAAAUCUGCAAUGCUGCAAACUGUGUUAUGUGGUUUUGUAGUUUCAUCAUAAAAAUCGUGUAACUGGUGAGGGCUAUUAUUAGGCUGAUAGUGAAGUGGCCAUGUAUGUUUUCUAAUACCAAUCAUGUUUUUGGAUUGAUCUCUUCUUGGAAAACUCACUGCAUAGCGUCCAGGCAUAUCAUAUCAUUGUGACUUAAAUCAGAAUUCUGCAAUAGUGUAAAGUGUCAGUCAUUGUAAAUUAAACCCUAGGAAUUAGAACCUGCAUUGACUUUUUUGUCGUGAAAAGAACCAGAGCUAACAACGUGGAACAAAGCUCCAAACCCUCCUGUAUACUCUUGCCCAUGCUGAUGUUAACAUCAACAUAGAUCAAAUGAGCUUUAUAGCUUGUGAGAAACAAUUGAUUGUGGUGAAGUGAAAUUAAUCAUUACAACUCCUAGGUAAUACAAUAAAAUCUAGUUUUGAGAAAACAAAUUUGGUUACCCUCUUCCUCUGUUCCAUGGUUGAGAAGCGUACAGACCUGAAAUUUGACAUAAUUUCUCUGAAAAAAUUGCCAAUGAAACUGUUGAUCAAAGGAAGAAUCAUAACUGGCAUUGACAGCCCUCAUGUCUGUUUUUUUUCUUGACCAUUUCAUCAUAUGAAUAACAUAAUUAUUUCGCAAAAAUCAAGGUUAUAAUGUGAAUCAUCUGAAGAAACUAAUCAUUUGUAUGUAGAUCAUUUGCAAGGCUUAGAUUUACCUGUAGCUGUAAUUUGUGGCCAUGUGUGGCAAAACUGAUGAUCUUACAAGGGAAGGUCCUGUAGAGGCCUGCCUAAAUUUUGAUCAAGUAUGGCCAAAAGUCUCCUUAUACAAAACAAUGAGACCCGUAUGUCAUCGUUUUUUCAAACAGGCCUGUAAAGGGCGAAAAACUUUAAAAAAAAUAGCAUAGAAGGCAGCUUUUUGAAAUGGUAAAAUCCGCGUUUUUUAGUCCGCGUUUCAGUGCUGAAACAGUGUAGUGGUUCACAUUGUUACGCUCUGACCAAGAGGUCCACGGUCCCAUUCCCAGCGUUCUGACCUAGGCUUUAUCGUUUUUUAUUGCUCUGAUUGAUUUUCUCUUACUUUCUUCCAACUGCGUAUCUAAUUAACCUUUUUUUUUUAAUACCUACACAGUUACUAUUGAUCAUUUUAUAACUAAUAAUGAUGCUGUCUAUGAAAAAAUGGGGGGAAAGUGUAUCUUCAUCAAAUAACCAUCGUGUUGUCACUGUCUAUACUUCUGUAAUUAUGUUUACGGAUUGAACCAGCAAGUGAUCCAUCAGAGCGAUAAAGAGAGAGAGAGGGGAAAAAAUAUGGAAGAACGUUUUAUUGUAAACACUUGGAAUGCUACACAGUGCUUAUUUGAUCAAUAAUAAUGGUCAAUUUAUUAUGUGGAUGGACAUUUUUUAUUGCACAAGUAUGUGCAAAUGAAGUUAUGCAUGCAGCUGGAAGUAAGUAAGAAAAAAAUCGAGCAAAACAAUCACAGAAACUGUUAAAAAUUAUAUCAGAACAUCGGGAAUCAAAUCAGAGUCAUGAUGAUCAGAGCGUAACAGUCAAAGCUACUUAUCUACUUCAGCGCUGAAAUGUAUACAGCAAUAUUUUGCCACUUUAGCAAGCGGCUCUCUUUGCCAAUUUUUUAAAAAAAAAAUUGAGUUUCCUGAAUCCCAGUGAAAACUACGAAAAAAGGGUCUUUUUAAUUUUGUGUGAAGAAACUUCUGGGUAUGCUUGAAUCAAAAUCUAGGUGGAACACUCUGUGACCUUCCCUCGUUGACCAACAUCAUCAAGGGAACAAUGAUUGUCAAAUAUAUCGCAAGCAAUGGGGAAAAAAUAUUUUCUCCUUUGUUUUCUCCAAAAAUUAAUCUUCAUUUACACCUCUAUAGCUCUGAGUUCAAAAUGUACAUCUGAUCUUUUUUAAAGGUAUGUUUUUCAAAAUUAGUCCUCAAAAUCUUUCAGGAGCAUUCUAUUUUUCUGUGCAAGUAGGUCUAAUUCCUUCUCAGUGUAUCUUUGGAAAAAAAUUAUUUGUAGAGUUGCAGUGAAAGAGUAACUUUCGUCGAAUAUUUUCAACGAUGUCUCUUAUUGUUUUGCCGGUAAUACUACAUUUUUUACUCACCUGAGCUGAUUAUUAGGCUGCAAGAAAAUAUUUUUACAAGUACCAUCUCCCCCAGUUAAUGGCUGUUAGCCUCUCAUUACAUUUGGCUCAUUGUCUCAUUCAAAAUUCCAAGUUGAUGAAGCAAUAAAUCUUUUUAAAUUUGUUUAAAUUUACAAAAGAAUGAGUGGUAUCUGAAAAUAGUUUGUAUGAGAUUAAGUCAUGAAAUGCAUGAAAAAAAAACAAAAAAACAAUCAUAACUCAACUCUAUCACUGUGUAGAAAUUUUGAAUCAUUCAUUUAGUCGUGGCGGAGUGAUGAUAUUGCCCUAAAGUUAUUUCUUGUUCAAGCUUUUUCUCUACCUCCUCUGAAAUUGCAUUUUUCUGGUUUAAAUUUGACUAAAAAUUAUAAUUCAGUUGCCAUUAUCCUGUCCAAGUACAGGGCAUCUCAUUUUAUUGCUCUUGAAGUCAUUUUAAACAUUGUGAUCUAAUACAUUUUUAAGGACGCCAAACUUUUUUGUUCAAAAGAAUGCUGGAAAAGCCAGCCGUGGAAAACACCAACAGAGUUUGUGUCUUUCAUGAAGGCCUAAACUUUAUUUUAAAUGUAGUUUUAAAAAAAUACACCAUUGCAUUUUACUGUGUUAAACUUGGAGCCAGGACCUUAAUUUAGUGUUUCUUUCUCCCUACGUAGUUAGCCUCCCAUUGAAUCCUUCCCUCUUCACACCACCACCACCCUCGUCGAUUUUUUUCUCAGUAGCCGGUGAUUUCCUUCUUCCCAAUUUUCCCCUGGAUCUAUUCCUGCAACUUAUGAAGAAACAGUCUCCUCUUUUAACGUUGCUUUUCAGCUUUAAUGUCAGAUUUUAUUUUUAUUUUUAUUCUAAGACAUGAAAGUUUUGAAAGGUGCUUUCUCCUGUCUUAUCCUUUUUUUGGCUGAUUCCGAUUCAGUUCUUAAGCAUCCAAUUUCAAAUUCAACUCCGUGUAAAGUAUUGAUCAUGGUAUGUAUCUUAAUGCUCUGUUACUAGGAGCAGAUUUGUGUUAUUUUCAGCCCUCUACCCCACACGAGGUUAAAAAUUGAGGUCAAAGAAUUAUUUUCUAAUUUAGUUGUUGUUCGUAAUGACUGUACAUUUUUCAUUUCAUUAAGUGAGUCAUGAAUUGAUAUUCUUGGCUUUCAUCACUCUUGUAAUGAGCCUGUGUCUCUUACCAUUUUGCUCGUUCUACUUUGAUUUUUUCCACUCAUAUGGUAAACUUAUUUUCCGUCUUUUUCUCUCAUGAUUGGCAUUUUUUAAAAAAACUUUGAGUAAUGUUUACCAUUGGCUCCUAGCCGUAAAAAGAAAAUGUUUAGUUUUACGAUGUCAUUAAAAGCCUGAUCAAUGAUCCUCUUGGUAAUUGAAUUUGAUUAUUUUUGUCCAGUUCAAUUGUAAUUUAUUUAUUUUCAAUAAAUCCUAUGGAUAAAAAGUCUUAAUUGCGGAACUUUACUUAUUUAGGGAAUAAAAUGUUGAUUCUUUUCCAUGUCUUUUCAAUGUGUAGAAUACCUACAAAAUAAAGGAAAAUGCUAAAUACAUCUUAACAAUUCCAGAGACUGAUUCCUAAUCACACCGGUUCCAAUAAGAAAAUUAAGCCAUCAAAAUUUUUUAUGGAUUAAUCAUUGAAAAUUUCUCCAAUAAACAAGUGGAAUUUUGUUUUCAGAUAUUUGAAUCCGUACUUCCAGCCUCAACAUUUUAUGUAGAGAUCUCGAGUUACUUUAGCUCACAACCUGAGAUAAAUUUGUCUAUAACAGCAUAUACACGGUGAAACUGAAAAAAGCGUAUCUUGGACUGCUAUGCUGCAGACUUCCUUUCAUACUUUAUUUUCUUGAUGGAAAUAUGGUUACUACCAUUUCUUGAAAACUUCCAUGAUUUUUUUUCCUGCGUGAAGAAUAUUCCAUGGAAAGUUUAAGCAAUACUAUCGUUUCGUUCCCUCUAAUAAAAUGAAAUAGGAAUGGAAAUUUUAAAACACCGCAAACAGGCUAUGCGUUCUGGCAGUUUCACUAAGGUCAUGCAUGAUGCCAUUACAAAACCUAAGUAUUUAUAUUCCCCUUGCCCCCACUAAAAGUAAUGCCCUUUUAUUUUUCCUGCUAACAAGCAUAGGUCUUAAUUUCUAUGUGUUUCCAAGAAUUCUCAUAUAGUUUCCAUUAUAAUGUCCCAUAAUGAAGUUUCCAAACUACAAAAAAUCAAUCUCGAAGCAUUUAAUUAUUGUUAAACGCAAUGGCCCUAGGCCAAAAGUAUUUUUGGUUUUUUUCCUGGCAGUUUUUAUCUGUCAAGAAGAUGCAGUUAGUAAAAAAAAUCCCCACCCUCAUCCACAGUGAGAAUGUUUAGAAUUUACUCAAGCGAAAUCUUCCUAAUCUCGUAAGGUAUUACAUGUGUUUGGAAAAACCUGUCGAUUUUUAAACGUUUUAGAUGUCUUUCUUGAAAAUCUGAUCUGUAUGUUUCAGUUUAAAGAAAUCACUUUAGGGGAAGGAAAA